GCAGAGUGUAUCAGUCUCUCGACAGUACGUAGUAGCACCACCACGGUCGAGACACUGCUACAUCUUUUCUCAAAAUCCAUUCUCUUCGCUUCCCCUCCUUGUGCUCUUCGAUUGUUCUCGUCCUUGUUGCCUUUCUGUUUGAAAUAGGCUCUCUUUUCACAAUAAUACGUAUACCUGUUCCAUCUAAUAAUGAUUACUGUGGUUUAGUGCUAGACUCAAGCUGUCGUGUUGAAAACGAUGCUUGGUAGUUCAACGACUCCACCUGCGCCAUUAAUUAACUACUGCUCGCAAUGCAAGAGCGAUGAAGAUGCAACUAACAAGAAUCAAUGUGUCACUUCCACAACAAAUCGCAUUUUUGGAAUGGAAAUCCAUGUCCAAAUCGCCAUUUUUUUUGAACAAAUCGAACGAGAGUGACAUCCGUGUUGCGGCUUGGACGUGAUCCUAAAGUGGACCUUGUAAAAUUCAAAAUCUUGGUCAAGUUUCUUCUCAGUUACAGCUGAUGGAUAAAAAGAAAACUGCAUUUCGAGGCGCAAGGAAAUUUUUCCAUAGUGACAGCGCACAGGAAUCCGAAUCGAUCCUCUGUUUUUACACUCUACCUCCAGUGUUACACCCUUUGGCUUUUGAACUUGUUUUCAUUUUUUAGGGAUUAUUCGAAUUCGAUUGCCAUAGUUUGAUUUUUUUGAAAAACAACAUGAUAUUGCGUUGGCCUCUUGUUCGCGACAGCUCUGCUUGCUGACCAAGCAUAUCUACUUGUGGAUGAUUUACCAGUACCAGUAAGAGAAGGACUAGUCGAAGGGAAGGACUAUUUGCCAGUAAUAGACGGACCUACAACGGAGUAAAGACGUGGUCGGGACAAGUUUUACGAACUUCCCCAAUUUUUCCGAACUUCCGGAGCGCCAUCUGUGUCCUCGACUUCCUCCCCUAACAAAACGACGUGACCUCCUUUCUAGUACCUCCAUUUUGUAGUCAGCGAAACACAAAGAAACGGUUUGUUCCUAUGACCUUUGUAUUAAUAGUACAUCGAAUAACAGCAACUUCCACUUCGUGCAGCGACCCCAGCGUCCAUCCAGACCCACGCAGAGGUACAAGCACAGCGCUCUUCUAUUUUUGCUUCUGAAGCAAGGGCAGCGACUCAGCACAGCGACUUGAAAGGAGCACUUUGCUCCCACCGCAAUUUCCAGCAAAGAACCUCAUAGAUACUCAUAAUAGUAGUACAACUAAUAGAGUACAAGUACCACACCUAUGUAAUGUACCAGGACCAGCGCCUACGACCAAGAACAAGAAGCACGACUCGUCUUCGUCUUCCUUCCACGUAUACAACUUCAAGAACUAGAUACCAACUGUAACUUCUUUUACUUCCACCUUCGUCCUUCGUCCUUUUUUAGAAGUCGGACUCCAACAGCAAGACAAGAUGGACGUGCAUGAUAUGGAGGCGAAGGAUGGCGUGCGGAUGGCAUGGAAUAUCUGGCCGCCGAAUCGCUUGGGCAUGCAAAGAAUACUCCUGCCUCUUGGUUGCAUGUACACACCUCUGAAAAAAGUCACGGAUUUGAAGUUAUGAUAUUGACAACCACUAAGUUUUUCUGCCACCAUUUUCUAUCAUGCCCUCCAUCUGGAACUAGAUGAAGCUUUUACUUCUUCUAGAGUCUAUCACCCUCUACUCCCUUCAAUACUAGCAGUAUCACCUCCUAGCCCCUUCACUAUCAGUAUCACCUCUUACUCUCUUUAAUACUUCUAUCAGUAUCACCUCUUACUUCCUUUCCUAUCAACAGUAUCACCUUCUACUCCCUCUUCUAACCAUCGUCGUAACGUACGAUCCAGUGGCAUGCAAUGGUAUGAACCGACAGUGCGGAGCUUUUUUGAACCCCUUUAGCUACAUCGACAUGCGAACAAAGUGUUGGACCUGUAACUUUUGCGGUUGUCGAAACGCUCUCCCACCCUUCUACGCAGAACAUAUCAGCUUAAGGCUACAACAAAUGUAGUAAAAAUUGCCUUGAUGAUUCUGUAUUUCUAUAUCUACUCCUACGUAUACAUAGAUACACCACUGGAAAACUCUAACAAGGGAGGCACAAAAGCCAUUGGAAGCUGUGAGAACGACGAUCGAGUACCUCCUACCAAACUCGCAAGUCCUGCCACCGGUAGCACUUAAAUAAACAGCCGGCUUGUUUUCCUCUUUCUACUUUUAGGCUAUCCCUUCAUGCAAACCAUUGCUUCCCAAAUAGGUGUGGACGCUGUUGUUUGUUCAGCAUGAGCAGGUGAAAGAUCUUUAUGUACGGAGUAAAAAGAAAAAGGAUCCACCUAAGAAGAUUUCACGUCGUUCACCUCUCGUCCCACUCUUCCUCAACUCGGUAUCUUCUAUAGAAGGACUUCUAGGUAUAACUGGUCAUCUUCUAUCUUCUAUACUUUUUGGUUGUAUCUUCUAUACUGCCUCUACUUCUUGGUAUCUUCUAUGAUCAAUCUUCGUAUACAUAUCUUCUAGGUAUUCCUUUUCGUUCUGGAUACGUCGUUGAAUAACAGCGACGACGAGCCAGAGUUUGAGAAAGCGAAGGAGUCACUGCAGCAAAUCAUGCAGACGAUGCCUGUGACCUCUCUGGUGGGGUUUGUUACCUUCGGCACACUAGUAAACGUGCACGAAUUAGGCUUCCAGGAACUCUCAAAGAGCUACUGCUUUAGAGGGACGAAAGGGUAUUCUUCACUGUUUUCUAGCUUUCCAGGAACUCUCAAAGAGCUCCUGCUUUGUGGAUGUAAUUAUCUACUUUUGAUCACAACAGGUAUAGUGCAAAGGAGGACCUUAAGAGGUGGCCCUUAAGGAAGGGCCUAAUAUUAGCCGAAUUUUAUUACAAGGGCCCUCUUAAGGAGCUCCCAUAAGGGUCAUUUUUUCCCCUUAAGGGAGCCCUAUGAUAAUACUAAUUGAAAUCCAUCAGUUUUUAGUCGUGCUAAAUUAUAUGAUCUUAAAACAAGGGAAGAUGGAGGCGAAAUUCUUUAAGGAAUGCAAUUUCCUUAAGGAAGCUAAUAUCUACUUUUGAUCACAACAGGUAUAGUGCAGCGCAAGUCGCAACCCAGCUUGGACUGCCACAACGAGUGGACCCUAGACAACCAGCGGCCGGUCGGAAUCGCUUUUUACUUUAUGGCUGUCUUACUUUUUUUACUUAUUCAAUUUAGUUUGCUACGGCCUGCUGCACAACAUUCUCUUCAAGCACAGACGAUCAGGGACCUCGACGGACAACCUUUUGACUUCAUAUUUCUUGUUUAUUGUCUUCAGCAGGCUUUUCACGACUUCUGUAUCAACUUGUUCUUGAUGUUUUCUCUAACUACCGCCAAUUAGCGAAUGCGAGUUCAGUUUGAACUCGGUCCUGGACGAUUUGCAGAGGGACCGAUGGCCUACACAGACGCGAGACGUUCGAACGUCGCGGUGCACAGGUGCCGCACUGUCUGUGGCGAUAGGGUUGCUAGAGUGCCUCUAUGCGGGACAUGCAGAUAAGGCGCGAGGAUCAUGUUCUUCCUACUUAUUUGAAGAUGUGAUGUACCUAAUCCUAAUACGAAGUUGUUGGAUGAUUUUUUGAUUAUCAAGUAUGGCUAUCGAAGGUGAGACCUCUGGGGCUGACAGGACCACGACAGCGCCGGCGCUUAUUUAGUAGUAGAUAAGUACCUGCCUGACUUUUCUUUUUUCGGUUUUUGUUUUUUCUCGUUAGGUAUGCUCCACCAACAUUAUCAAGUAUGGCUAUGUUCUUGGUUUUUACCUUUCAGUAGUAGUUUUAGCGGAGGACUAAUCGAACCUAUGAUGAAGUCAUUAUCUAUCUCUUUCUCUAACUCUUGACGAGUGGUCUUGUUGAGCUCAGGACCGUGUACUAUGGGACCAGGCCAAAUAGUUUCAGCCGAAAAAUCCGAAACUAUGCGAUCACAUCAAGACUUGCAGAAGGAGAAACCAAAUACGAAGUACAAGAACUAGUAAUUGAUUUUGACUGGUCCUGGUGCUGGUGGUCUGUCACACUUGAACUUUACAACACUCUCUCACAAAAUACGAAGGACCCAGAAAACCUAAUCUUCAACUACCUCGUCAACAUCAACACCGCAACAAGAAAUUCUGAAACACAACCCUAGUCAUCUUAACCCCAAUCCUCAACUACCUCGUCAACUACGUCAAUACUACAGAUUCACCAAAGCAGCCUUGCAAUUCUAUGCGUCACUUGCGACUCGAGCUGUGGCGGCAGGGCAUGCGGUAGAUAUAUUUGCGAAUUCCUUGGAUCAGAUAGGCAGUUACGAAAUGCGCGUAAUGUGUGACCGGACAGGCGGCAUGCUAGUACUAUCGGAUGGCUACUCAACGCACGUUUUCAAAGACUCGUUUAAGAAGCUCUUUGAAAGAGUGGAUGAAAACGGUACUUCUAUUAUAAAUGUUAAUGUUUAGACUUGAAUAAUAGAUUUUUGAAUUCAUUCAAAGUAGACCUAGUCCUAGACUCCUUUAAGAAGAAGCUCUUUGAAAGAGUGGGAGCUCUGAUUUGAAAGUAGAGUAGAUGAAACCGGUAUUCUAAGAGUUUCGCGGCUAGAACCAUCAAAAACGAAAUAGACGCAGUUGUAAACGACUUUCUUCUACUACUCGCUUUUGAAGAUAGUUGAGCCAAUUCCUUUCGUUAAUACCGGGAAUUGCAUCGUCGACUUCCUCUGCUCCUUCCAUUUUGUUCCAAUUCCUUUCGUUAAUACUGGGAAUUGCAUCGUCGACUUCCUCUGCUCCUUCCAUUUUAUCGUCAUAAUCACCCGUCAUCUACUUAUGACGUCGUACUCACCCCGUCAUCUGACAGGUUUCCUCCAAAUGGGGUUCAACGCGACGAUAAAAACGGUUUGCUCAAAAGAGUUCAAAGUGAGCGGCUGUGUGGGUCCAUGCUGUGGAACGCAGAAAAAGAACGCCUCCGUCGGAGAAACUGAAAUAGGGGAGAGCGGUACAACAGCUGCUUAUUGAAGAUGAUGAAGAGGCUUUUUUAUUAUUCACAAGGAAAGACUGAACAUACAUCAAGGGGAACAACUGUUAAAUACUAUUCACAAGGAAAGACUGAGCAUGAGGACACUGAGGACUCUUACUCCACUGAGCAUAUACUGGCACCAGGACAGCAUUGCCUUUUCUACACAUCUACUCAUCUACUCUACAUACUAGAGUUUCCUUACUCCAAGUGUCUCCACCAUUCUUCUCACCGUACUUCCUAUAUUCUUGUAAGUACUCACCGUCUUUGUCCUCCUACAGGCACAGUCGAAUGGCGGAUGGCCGCUUUAGAUCCUGGGACCACCCUAGCCUUCUUUUUCGAGAUUGGCGGAGAUAUUCAGCAAGGUCAGAAUGCUGCUUAUUUGCAGUUUCAGACCCUUUACCAUCAUCCUAGUGGCGUCAAACGCCUACGAGUAACGACACUAGCCAGAGCGUUCAGCGACCCGCAACUAGCAAACAUUAGCCACGGAUUCGAUCAAGAGUGCGCGGCGGCAAUGUACUCGAGACUUGUUAUGCUUUAUUUUGAGCACAUGCACAUCUAUCACAGUGAAUGUGCGUCCCUGUUAUUAGACUGUGUCAUGUAAUCGAUACAAGAAAGAAAAAACUAGCAGCUUUUCGUUAUAUUCGGAAAAAAACUAAAACCACAUCUUCACAUGAUUAAAAACGCAACCUACUUCUCCUGCUCACAAUCAAUGCUAGUAUAACAUAGUAUAACAUAGUCUAACAUAGUAUAGCAUAGUAUAACAUAGUAUAACAUAGUGUAACAUGUACAUGAUAUAUAGUGUUAGCAAUAAAAAUUUUUUUAAGAGAAAGGUUUCUCCUCACCUUUCAACACAGCAUGACUCGAAACGCUAUGUUUCAAGUGGAGUCUACGGAAGUCCAGGACGUGCUGAGGCGUAUGGAUAGGAUAUUGAUACGACUAAUCUCCAAAUUCGCUUCGUACAAUCGAGACGACGUCACCUCCUUCCAAUUGUCAGAGGAAUUUACGCUCUUUCCGCAGUUCAUGUAUUGUGUUUUUUUGAAUUUGAUUACGCUGUUCGCCUUGAGAUGUGAUAAGAAACGAGAAGACGAGCGUAACACAAGUCUCGAAAAAAUGUGUCUUGGUGCAUCUUCAUUUACCUUCUAGUUUUCGAUGUUGACGCGUAUCCGGAAUUUUCCAAACUUCAUCUGCAGCUAGGUUGAAAUACACUUUUCACUUUCUUCAUAAACAAUAAGAAAAAGAAAAAACUAUUCACGACAGGUACUACCUGCGUCGCUCGCCCUUCAUGGACUUGUUCAAUUCGUCUCCGGAUGAAACGGCUUUUUACCGAACCUGCCUCCUGAAAGAGAACACGAUGCAUUCUUUGCUCAUGUUGCAACCCGCGCUCUUGUCCUACUCCCUGGACGACCCAACCCCGAAACCAGUCUUGCUCGAUAGUCUGAGCAUGCAGAAGAAUGUGAUCCUUCUGAUGGACACGUUUUUCCACGUCGUUAUCUGGCGAGGACAGACGAUUCAGCAAUGGUAUUUGAUGAGUAACUUGUACUUGUAUGAGCAAGGUAGAACAUCCUGGCUUUAGACUUCCAUCCUCCACCAAACCUCCAAACGUACUCCCUUACUCUUAGGUACGACGCCAAGUAUCACGAGCAGGCAGAAUAUGGGCAUUUGAAGGAGCUUCUGAUGGCUCCAGCGACAGAUGCUAAGCAGAUUUUGGAUGAGCGUUUUCCAGUCCCUAAGUUCAUUCAGACGGCCGAGGGUGGCUCUCAGGCACGUUUCCUAAUGACCAGGGUGAACCCAAGUCGAACGCACACAACCGAUGAUAAGAACAUUAUGGUGGAAAAUUAUCACUACAUACACAUGCAGCAUACUAGAAUCACUCACGUAGAAACAGAAGCUGACCGUUACAAAUUUUCCUUUUUGAUUACUCAUCAAUGAGUCAGUCAAUCAAUCACUCAAUCAGACUUUUCCGUCGCCGUAGAAGUUCGAGGUCGUUGUGUCGACUAAAGGACUGCUGAGUGAUAGUGAAGAAGACAGCUUCUCCCUCCUUCUUUCCAUGUUAACUCUUCUAAGAAAAACCAAAACGGCACAGCGUCAUUCGCAGGUGCGACCACGCAGGAAAGUUCUGUUGUGUUGACGGACGACGCCAGUCUGCGGGUCUUCAUGCAAGCGCUUAUUCGGUAUGCAGUAGCAUCGUAGACGCUCAAGGUCGGAGCAAGGACUCGCCACGCCUCUAGGACACGAACAAGGCGCAGCAAGUACUUUCCCCGUGCGGUGAAAAUGAAACUUGUUGAUACAACUUGUCUUCCAAAAUCAUGAGAAUUGUACCUACCUCGCAAGUGCUUUUCAACAGUGAUGAUAUCUAGUGAUCAGAGCACGAAUAGUAACUGUCAAGGCUCAUACCUACUCCCACUAGGUCCAUUCGUAUUUCGAAAGAUAGAUUUAGACGAGCAUGACGAGUUGCACCUCCCAUAAUGACUAGGUUGUAAACCUGAACCCCAUCCUGAUGCCGCAUAGUUUUCGUGUCUUGUUCGCGGCUCUCUUUUUCCCCAUGUUGGGAAAAGCGUGCAGCUGGUGCCCCCCCAACAUAUUGCUAAGCAAGACCACUUCCAUCUCCAUGUACUCUUAUCUACUUCUUGUAAAUGUCGUUUAUUCAAUCAUCAACUGAUUCACUUCAAUCAAUCAUAGAACUUCAACUUUUCAUACUACUAUGUAUAACGAACUUCAAAUUUUUUUAGCUGCUGAACAUAUAAAGUAAGAAUGAAACACAAAGAGUAAAAACUUCUACCACAAAAAGGAGAUUAUGAGUAAGAAGGCUAGUACCUGCAGGUACACAAAGUGAGACGAAAUCUGAGACUCAACAGAAGCAGAAAUUAAAACGUCAAAAGCUACUAGAGAAUCCGAUUUGCGAUAUAUCAAAGACCAGAUUGAAACAUUCAAAAGAUUCCAAGAACAAAAGCCGGCGAUUGUAGAGGUUUGAACUAUUAAAUUUGAACCGGCUUCGAAUAAAAAACGGUUUGUAACAAGAAUUUUACAACACGAUCUAACAUUUUCUGACAAGCAGAACAGCAGGACCUCAAAACUAGGCCCGGUUGUCGUACAUGCGCCAAGAUGUUGAAUCACGUGUGCUGAGGAGAGUAUUGUCUCAUGUCCACGACUAGCAU